AAAAAAAAUUGGUUUGUAGUUGGUGCUUGGUACGAAUUAAGAUUCCUUCAUCCAGUAUUCAAUAAUGAUAACUGCUCCGCUGCAGUGAAUGGUGAAUAGCAUGGAUCCGGCUGUGAUUAUUUUCUAGUAAUACUGUUAAUGUUAAAUUGGGGGGAGAUAGUUCGUGGAACCAUGGAAGUGGCAAGUCCUUCAAACAGAUAACAUGAAUUGAUCUGCAGGAGACAAUCCACAUGUGAGUCCUAAUCUCUUGCUCCUUCAUUUACAAGUCAUCCUCGCGUCACGUGACAUCCUUUUCCAAUUUUAAUUUCAUUUUUACUAAUUGACAAAUGCAUCAUCCUAGAACCUUCACUUAAUCACCUCUGCUUUUACUACCUUGCUCCUCAUUUUCUCCUUUCCUGCCUAAGCUACUCCCUCGUCUACAAAUAAAUACAGCAUAUUUGUGACUCUCAAAUGCUUCAACCGGUCAACACUUAACAUUGAUCAACAUUGACUCUCACCACUUCAUUUAUUCAAAUAAAAAAAAUUUUAUAUAAUACAAAUUAUAAAUUCGAUAAUAAUUAAAUAUUUACCUCUCAUUCCGAAAAAAUUACCCUCCAUAUGAGAAUGAGAAAACCGUGUAGUUUUUUAGUUUUAACUGUUAAUACUUAAAGCCAACAUCGUUGUACAGAGUUUGCGCGUGUAUACACGUUCCAAUCAGAAGCCCAAUUCCCUGACUCGCAUGCAUUGUAGCACCGACACGUGUCCUCUGCAGUUGUUCUUUGCCCUUUCACCCUUGCCCCCACGUUUUUAUCACAUUUGAGUAGUGGGAUUCAACCCCACGUUCACAAAAUCCUGUGUUACUUCAAGUCCACCGGUCUCAGUUCGUGUAGGAAAUAAUUGCAAGGCAGUGGAACUCUCCUUUGCUUCUUCAACACCCAUAUGUAUCUUUCUUUUGGCGUAUUCAUUUCAUUCAUUACAUUUACAUAACUGACCUACCAAGCAAAGCAUUCUUCUUCUGUUAACUGUUGAGUUGUGGUGGGGGCAUAAAGGCCUUCUCUUACUUGCAUGCCACACUUCUCCUCUUACAAGUUUCCGUUUUUCAUUUCUGUCUCAUUAUCACUCAUCACUCGUCACUGCCACCGUUACCGCAAUACCCGCAUUCUCAAAACUGUGAUGUCUUCCCCUUGGAGCCUAUCGCAUGCACAGCAAGAAUUUCAUGAAGCUUUUAGGAGGGUUAAGCGCUUUAGGUUGUUUGAAUCCUCUCUGGGUGCUCUUGGUUUCGUUCUUGUCACUGCCUUUGUCAUUUGCUGCUGCUUCUUUUUGGAUAACAGAGAUUUUGCUGCUAGAUUUGGUCCCAAUCCCAUGGAUAAGCCCAAGAGGUUCAAUUGGUUGCAGAUGAAAGGCUCUGUUUCUGGGGAAGGCAGAGUUGAAUUCCUUCAAGAAAAUGGUGGUGGCUGCGAUCUGUUUGAUGGGAACUGGGUUUGGGAUGAGAGCUACCCUCUCUAUCAUUCUAAAGAUUGCAGCUUUCUCGAUAAAGGAUUCCGAUGUUCUGAGAAUGGACGGCGGGACUUGUUUUACACCAAGUGGAGAUGGCAACCUAAAGGUUGCAACUUGCCCAGAUUCAAUGCAACAAUGAUGUUGGAGAAACUGCGAAACAAACGGAUAGUGUUUGCUGGUGAUUCAAUUGGGAGAAACCAAUGGGAGUCACUCUUAUGCAUGCUCUCUUCUGUAGUGCAAAACAAGGAAUCAAUCUACGAAGUGAAUGGCAGCCCAAUCACAAAGCACAAGGGCUUCUUGGUGUUCAAAUUCAGGGAUUAUAACUGCACGGUGGAAUAUUAUAGAUCACCAUUUCUGGUAUUGCAGGGCCGGCCUCCCGCCGGAGCUGCUGCCAAGAUUAGGACAACACUGAAAGUGGAUAAAAUGGAUUGGAACUCUUUGAAGUGGAACGAUGCCGAUAUCCUUGUUCUUAACACAGGGCACUGGUGGAAUUACGAGAAGACCAUAAGAGGAGGAUGUUAUUUCCAACAAGGCAUGCAAGUUAAAAUGGAAAUGCAGGUACAAGAUGCAUAUAAGAGGUCCAUUGAGACAGUGUUGAAUUGGAUACAAGAUACAGUUAAUACCAGCAAGACACAAGUUUUCUUUCGUACUUUAGCCCCAGUGCAUUUCAGAGGCGGGGAUUGGAGAAACGGUGGAAAGUGUAAUUUGGAGACACUACCAGAGAUUGGGUCGUCAUUGGUGCCUAAUGAUAACUGGUCCAAGUUCAAGAUAGCAAAUUCUGUGUUAUCAUCAGCAAACAGAAAUAGUGUGAAGUUGAGUGUGUUGAAUGUGACACACAUGACUGGUCAGAGAAAAGAUGGGCAUUCAUCAAUAUAUUAUCUGGGUCCGGUUGUGGGUCCUGUGCCUCAUCAUCGGCAAGAUUGCAGCCACUGGUGUCUCCCCGGUGUGCCUGAUACAUGGAAUGAGCUCCUCUAUGCUCUCAUACUAAAAUCUCAAGCUUCUCAUAGAUGGAACAUGUAACACAACAAAUCCUCUUAGCUCAUUAUAGGGAAUUAUUGGUCUUCAGAAGAAGCCCAAUUUUUGUUUUUGGAUUACAACUUACUUGCAGCAAAUAAAUCAAUAGAUUAGAUGGGGGGAAGCACAUGACAAAGUAUAAUUACCAAAAUUCUUGAAUGCGUCUCAAUUUCACAAAAUUCACAUCAUUAGCUUGUUUUUAAUCUUCUGUGGCAAUACUAUUAAAAACAAUCGGGUUUUCCUGUUAACUUAAUAAUGGCUUGGUUAAGAGUUAGCAACCGUACAAUAUAUACACGUGCAAGAAUCUUCAACAAUCACAGCACCUCUAUUCUAUUGACAUCAGUGAGUGCCAAUCAAGAACUAUGGCGGUCUCGCCACCAUAAUCGAUGGCAGAACCCUACUUUCUCCUCUUGUUAAUGUUUCCUCCGCUGGCGCCCCACCCCGUCAAGAUCCCAAUCAAGAAGUGCCACGUGUUCAUCACAGGGAACCAGCGGCAUCGGGCCGCAAGGUCAG